GGAACUCCUGAAGAACUUCUCUGACUGAUUUACACACACACACACACACACAAACGGUCGAUAUGGCGACCAACGGAAUAAACCAGUGUUUUUUAUUAAAGAGAAGAUGAAGGCGUCCGGACUCAUGAAUCAUGAGUUUCAGGUCGCGCACUAUGUGAUGAGCCACAAGGACACGUGGACGUCGUUAUUCCGUACGGACUCCUUCUGAUUCCAGUGGAAUCUUCAGCUGCUUGUUGGUUUUUGUUUCAUGAACCGCGCACGGUCACGCCUUGGAUCGUACAUGUAGACCACCGCGCCGUCGACGAUGCCCGUCCAAGCGCCGCAAUGGACCGAGUUCCUGCUGUGUCCCAUCUGCACGCAGACGUUCGAGGAGACGGUACGGCGGCCCAUCAGCCUCGGGUGCGGCCACACCGUCUGCAAGAUGUGCCUGAACAAGCUGCACCGCAAGGCCUGCCCCUUCGACCAGACGGCCAUCAAUACCGACAUCGAGCAGCUGCCUGUUAACUCGGCCCUGCUGCAGCUCGUUGGGGCUCAGGUGCCUAAACCGCAGCCUGUGGCACUCAUUACUAAUCUGGAAGACACCAAGCAUUACGAUGAGGCGCGACAGUGUGUGGAGGAGCUCGCCCUCUACCUCAAACCUCUCAGCAAUGCAAGAGGUGUGGGGUUGAGUAACACAGCACAGAGCAUGCUCAGCAGACCCAUGCAGAGGAAACUGGUGACCCUGGUGCACUGUCAGCUGGUUGAGGAGGAGGGCAGGAUACGUGCCAUGCGUGCCGCUCGCUCGCUGGGAGAGCGCACCGUCACAGAGCUAAUCCUGCAGCACCAAAACCCCCAGCAGCUCUCGUCUAACCUUUGGGCCGCCGUCCGUGCCAGGGGCUGCCAGUUUCUAGGACCAGCCAUGCAGGAGGAGGCCUUAAAGCUGGUGCUUCUGGCUCUGGAGGACGGAUCUGCUCUGUCAAGGAAGGUGCUGGUGCUGUUUGUGGUGCAGCGUCUGGAGCCCAGGUUCCCACAGGCUUCCAAAACCAGCAUUGGGCACGUGGUUCAGCUGCUUUACCGUGCCUCGUGUUUUAAAGUGACCAAGAGAGACGAGGACUCGUCCCUGAUGCAGCUAAAAGAGGAGUUCCGGACAUACGAGGCGCUUCGGCGGGAGCACGACUCUCAGAUCGUCCAGAUCGCCAUGGAGGGAGGUCUGCGCAUCGCCCCUGACCAGUGGUCCUCUCUGCUCUACGGGGAUCAGUCGCACAAGUCCCACAUGCAGUCCAUCAUCGACAAGUUGCAGACGCCUGCAUCGUUUGCGCAGAGUGUGCAGGAACUGACGAUAGCGCUACAAAGGACAGGCGAUCCUGCCAACCUGAACCGGCUCAGACCUCACUUAGAGCUGCUGGCCAACAUCGACCCCAGUCCAGAUGCUCCCCCUCCAACAUGGGAGCAGCUGGAGAAGGGCCUGGUAGCGGUGAAGACGGUGGUACACGGCCUGGUGGACUUCAUCCAGAACCACAGCAAGAAGGGCACGGAGCAGCAACAGCCGCUGCAACACAGCAAGUACAAAACCUACAUGUGCCGUGACAUGAAGCAGAAAGGGGGAUGCCCCCGUGGGGCCAGCUGCACCUUCGCCCACUCGCAGGAAGAGCUUGAGAAGUCAGUAUCUGCUCAAACGCUACAGUACCGUAAGAUGAACAAGCGUCUGGCUCCGAGACUUCCAUGCGGUCCGUCCCUGCUGCCGAACGACGAAGGCGUUCCUCUGGAUGGCGUGACCCGUAAACACUCUCCCCUUACCAACGGUAUCGUGGCAGCGUGUCCCCAACCAGCGCCUCAGCUUUUAGCACGAGGACACGAAUCUUCACCCUACGAGCUCAUGCGCAAACCCAAAAUGGACAGCCUGAGCGCCCCUGGAUCUCCCCCUGAUCCGUACGACUUAAUCACUCAUUUGGAUAAGACUGGCCUGCCCCUGCCGCCCCUCGCGGUCGCCCACACAAGGGCUGAGCACCUGCCCAUGCCCAAGCAGAUCCCUGGGGUCCCUCGUGGUGCUCCCCCGCUCUACCCUCAACAGCAGCCCGAGCUCUUCUACCCCGAGGCCAGAGCACCAUCAGGAGCGCAGUAUGAUGGCCAGUACCCUGCAGGUGCCCCGUACCCCUACCAACAAACUCAGUAUGUGCCACCCCGCUACAUGCGCAACCCUCUACCCUCCGGUGACGCCCCCUACCAGGAAUCGUACCCUGCUUACGGCCCCGACCGCCAGUACCCUCCUUCCCACCACUCGGGCCCGCCUUUCUCCGGCCUGGGUGCCCACCAGUACCCGCCCCCCUCUCACUACGACACCCGUCGACAUGGGCCUUACGCGGCCCCGCCCCCGCCUCCACCCCCUCAGCCCUUCGGGCCGCCCCGGGACGACCUGGUUCGCAUGAGCCCCGUGUCGUCCUUGGACGUGCCGCCCACUCAAGGGCCGCCCGCUUCUCUCUACCACCCCGAGGCAGCAUCCCGAGAGAGGUAUCCUCCAGAGGGGUACUACCCACCUGCACCACCACAUCCUGGGCAAAUCAGGUCCCAUAUCCGGGACCCGUAUGGACGCACCCAGCCCAGUCUGGACUAUUUGCACCGCAGGCGUAAGGAGCUACUGAACCAGCUGGAGGAGAGAAAAGUCAUUUCUCCUCCACCAUUUGCAGCCUCCCCGACGCUGCCCUCUCACACCUUCCCCAACGACUACCCUCCGGAGUACGCCGAGGACGGCUCCAAAGCUUUCGGCGCCCGAGAACCCGACUACGCCGGGCAGUACUCGCCAUGGUCCUGUGACACCAUCGGCUCCUACAUCGGCUCCAAAGAUCCCAAACCGAAGGAUGGCGUGGGCGCAGUGGAUAUAAUGAACAUGGAGGCAAAGGGUCUAACGGAGCCGCCACUGGAUGGACAGCGGCGCACGGCAGAAGCCAAAGACGACGAUCCCAUCAUCCCGUUCGGCCCUCUGCCAACGGUGUCGCCCUUCGGUGCCAUCUCCCGCACAUCAAAGACGGGCUACCAGACCACAGGCCCGGUGCAGGCCAUGGCGUCCUCGCAGACCUCUGGCUCCAAACACAUCACCAUGACGGCCGAGUACCCGUACGGGAACCACAGUAGCGGUUGGAGCAGCGUGUCGUACCCUCAACACCAGAGCAUCACCUCUCCGGGACACUUCAGUGAGCGGCUGCCCGUGCCCACCCCAAAUCGAGAGCAGCUGAAGAUGGAGCUCCAGCAAGUCAACCAGCAGAUCAGUCAGCAGACGCAGAUCCCCAGCAUGGAGCCUCCAGCCGCCAAAUGGCCAGUGGCGGGCGGCGUGUCCAGUGAGCAGCUCAGUCUUGAGCUUCACCACGUCGAAAGGGAAAUUGGAAAGCGCACGCGUGAAAUCGCUAGGAAAAACCAGGCAGCACAGGAAGUCCAGUACAAAUUAAAAGCCACUGAAAAUGGUCAGAGUGACCAUAAAGCCCAACUGGAGGAGCUGUCGAUAUCACUGGGAGACGUCUCGAAUGGCGUGAGCAACAUGGUGCCAGGCAACAGCGUCUCGGGGUCCAUGCUGUCCUUGACCAAUAAGACAUCUUCACUCUCUCUGUGCUCCGGAGAGCAAGCAGCGAGCGGAUCAGAGCUCCAAAAGAACGGCGUCGUUCAUUCUUAAAUGAGGCCGUUAACCACACACACACACACACACACACACACACACACACACACAAAGCUCAAGUUGAGAUUUGGUCAUUUUCAUUCAACUGCUUUAAAGAGAAAUGCACCAGUACGACAUACACACACACAUCUGCAUGCUUUUACAUGCAUGCACGAAACACUUGUUUUAUUUUAGAAAAAGAAAUGAGCAGUAUCUGCCGUGAUUAUGAAUUUUGUUUUCCUUUUUGUUCUGUGAAUGAGCUUUUGUUUUUGUUUUAAACGACUUCUCAUCGCCUGGAAACCAGGGCAUCCGAUUAUCCUGUCAUUUUCUUAUUAAUUUUUUUUUUCUUUUUCUCUCCUCGGCAUCUAAAAAAAAAAGGAAUAAACCAACACAUUGAAUCUGCAGUAUAGGAAACGAACAGCGAGCCGACUCUGUAGCAUCUCGCACCCAGUUAUCUUUACCGGUAAAAAAGGAAGAAAAAAAAUCUGUGCAGCCUUGAAUAUGACAUGAAGGCCCGGAGACUAAAGUAGCACGGAAAGCCUUUUAUCAGUCCAUUUUUAUAUUAAGCGUCACCUCAGCUUUCCCCACAUGGUGAAAUUGACACGUUGGUAAAUCGAUCAGAUUUAACAACAACAACAACAAAAAAAACGGUCCGGAGCUGCAGUUUGGGGCGAACACUAGGGUUCGAGGUAACGGAAUCAAUCAUACGAUUUCAUUUAAUUUAUGGUUUUGGCUCUAGAACUGUUCAGAAUUUCUAAGUCGGGCGUCUGGAGCAUUCUGUUUUAUAGAAUGCAUGCAAAUGUCUUUACAGGAAAAAAAGAAAGGGAAAAAAAACAGCACUUUCUUCCAUGUUUUUUCUAAGAGCGUGUACUUUUUUUAUUCGAGGAAGAACGUAUCUUUAUGAUCCUGGUGUUCGCCCAAGCCGUGGCGCCGGAACACGCGGCCUCGUUCAUAGAUUUCCCGUCAAAUUCUCCCUGACUUCUGUGAAGUUACUUACGUGGGGUUUCCGGUCACGUUUGCGUAUUCAUGUUCGGCACAGGAACGAGGAGGCUCGAAACGCAACAACGGCCAAAAAAAUUAAAAAAUAAAAAAGACGAGGCUCAAAAAUUAAGCUCGGAAUUGAUUAUAAAAAAAAAAGGCCUUGAGAUUAUCGCCUCGCUUUUGAAUGUGUGUUUUUUGCAGAUGAUGUACAAGAAACGAUACGCCGACUAUUGAAAGAAAGAAAAAAAAAUACAGGAAAAAAAAGGACAAGGAUGGCCCUGAAACACUGAUCAAGACACAGACACGCUCUGAAGUCUUCCUAUAGUGAUGACAUUCUUCACGUGCAACAUUUUCGUUCUAGUCUCUUGAGACCGACUAUGAUAUUAAGCUCCAAUUUUGGGUGCAACCUCUUAACCUUUUUUUUUUCCUCUCCAUUAUUUUGUGGUGUAGUUGUCGUGAUUACAAUUAUAUUAAUGAGUUUAUUAGUCAUGCGUGAUUAUUAUAAUUUUUUUUUUUGUUCUUUUUUUUUUGGAAGAUUAUCAGAUUUGCUCGAGAAGAGCAUGCAGCCUUUUCCAAGCAAUUCCCAAGAUUGGAUAAGAUCCGUGCAGACAUGCGGUCAAAGCGGAUGUUUCGUAAACGGGGGUUUUGAGGGUUUAGUGUAUUAUUAUUAUUAUUGUUAUUAUUAUAUUGUCUCUUUUUUCCUGUUAGUGUGUGCGCGCCAGACGAGCGUCUGCUUGAAAAUAGUUGUGAAAACUAAUGAAAAAUCUCGCUAAUCCAAACAAUCGGCUUGCUUCCUGACCAAAAAUGCUAAGACGUAUAAUUUUGUUGUUAGCAGUCACUUUUUUUCCCCCUCAUUCAGUCAAGGGGGUAAAAAAAAAAAAGUUGAUGCAGUUCAAGAAUUGCUAGGUUUUUUUUUUUUUUUUUUUUUUACACUCACGUGAGUGCCAACGUGAAAAAUCUUAUCGGGAAGAGAACCGAAGCGGAAUUUGAUAGAAGCAAAUUUACCCGCUUAAGUGCACGUCUCACGUUACUUUCUGUAGUUCGCCUUUUCCACCAGCGCCUCUCACAUCUUUGUAACAAAAAGAAUUUUCAAAAAAAUAUUUCUUUCCCCUUCAAUCACAUUAGAAUCCAGAAGCGUCAAAUUAGCCGUACUUUCCCUGGAACUAGCAAGGGUUUCGGAAUUGGAAGGAAAAUUUUAUUUCAUUAUUGUAUAUAUUUUUAAUUCGGCAUAGCUACUACAUGACGCUAAAGCGUUGUAAACACCAGGCUUAACCACGUGUCACUAAAAUGUCCAAGCUGAUGAAUUUGUGAUUUUGUAGGAUUUAUCAGGUUUAAAAAAAAAAAAGCAUCAGCGUGGUGGAAUUUAAAUAAACCGGAUAGGGUUGACUUUUGUGCAAAUUAUUAAAAAGACGAAACAAAGAGGGAGAGGAUGGGCGAACAGACAGUUGGAUGUCUCUGCGCAAGAUAAAAUCAUUUUAUUUGGUAGCAUAACAUUUUUACAAAAGAAAUCGUGCAUCAUGUGACUUUACUUGCUUUCGAUUUAGAUUUUUUUAAACAAACAUGCUUGUUUUUUUUUCCUUUCAGUUAAUAAACCUACUGUGUGUGGUACCGCUCUCAUUCGACCAAACCAAACCGAAACCAGGCAUUUUGGGUCUUAAUGUUUCACGUGCACCGAUUUAGUGCGGAUUAACGUUACAUAUUACAGCAAACAUCUAGUAAGGAUGCUCAUUUUAUUCGGAUUAUGCGGGAAGUAUUUAAGAUUAAUCAGUAAGUUUUUGAGGAUUUAUUUUUUCCUUUUUCUUUUACAUUUUUAUAAUCAGCUCCCUUAACUCUCGCUUUAUACGUUUUACAGAUAAAAUCAUGUCGCCACUCGGUGUCCAUUCACUAACACCAAGCGAAAUAAGACGUUAGGCAUUUCUAUAUGCAGAGUUUUGUGCAUGAUAUUACGUUUGUUUUUUUUUGUUUUUUUUGGUCUUUGUUUUCUUCUUUCCUGGAGCAGAGGAGUCACAGCGUAAAUGUGGCGCUCUUUGCAAGCAGGCCUGUUUCCUAAUGGAUGAUAUUCAUUUCUCUACGCGGAUCGUGUCUGUCUUGAGCGGACCUGUAGCACUCGUUUAAACGAUAAAAGGUGAAUCAAGUCGUUUCUUGAACCUUAACACUGUUAUCGCUGUGUCUAUAUUAAUAUAUAUAUAUUCUAUAUAUAUAUAUUCUUUUUAUUCCUAACUUUUGUGGGAAGAAAAAAAAUACAUACAGGCUUUUUUAUUACGAUUAUUUCUGAGUCGUCUUGUUUAAAGUGAAAAAAAGAAGGAAAUUAAAUUAAGGUACAGGCUUGAUUUCAAACAAGGAAAGGUUUUUAUAUCUAAACUUUAGAUUAUACUCCAUUAAGGAAUGUUUAGAACCAUCUUACUCCAAUGUGGAUGUAGCCAUUAUUACGCCAUUUUAUGACUUUGUAAAAGGAAUUCACUGUGUGAAAAUUGGUUUGCAUUUUUUUGUAUAAUACAAUUCUGCUCUUCGUUUUUGUUUGGAGAGGUAGAACGUUUGGAUGAGGAAAAAAACCUGUGAUAUUAAAAACAAAGCAAAAAAAAAAGAACUUUGUGUAUGGCAGUGAUUAUAAUUGAGAAGAUGGAUUAAAAGAUAUUGACACUGAA